GGUCCUUUCAAGAAACAGUUUUGUUCCUUGAUGGGAAAGUGCAGCAAGUUGUGGUCCAAGCAGAACCAGUCAGCCCAGAUUGCUGAGUAUACCCGUGCGCAAUGUGGUGUGUAUCUGAAGGUACCGAAUAGGACCAGGUGGAAUUCCACCUUUGAUGCGUUGAAGCAACUACAUGAGCUCCUGUCAACUGUGCCACUAAAAAUGCAUGCCAUAAUGGACCGCUGCUCCUUGUCCAGGAUCACAGCUGCUGAGAUUGAAGUGGUACAGGAAUACACAGAGAUUAUGGAGCCACUAGCCCAGUCCCUAGAUAUCCUGCAACUGGAGAACGGCAUGUUCAUGGGGUAUUUGCUACCAACGCUCUGCGAUCUGGACCGCAAGUUAGAAGGACUGGAAAACAAACCUGAGAGGUACACAUACUGUUUUCAGCUGCUGAGAGGUGUGCGCGAAGCCCUAAGAAAGCGGUUUGCAGCUAUCUGGGAGGACAAGAGGCUUCUUCUGGCAGCCUGCCUACACCCUCGCUUCAAACUAGAUUGGCUGAAAUCGUGUCAGGCCGCCACCCAUACCAACAAAUACACAAUGGAAGCCUUGUUGAAAGCUGAAAUAAAGAUGGGUGUACUUAAUGAGGACAGUGAUCAGUCUUCAGAUAAAGACCAGGAAGGAGAUGACUUAGAAGAUGACUUCUUUAACUUUCUGCCCCAGGGCAAGAAGUCAGCAGUGGACACUGCUGAGGAGGAACUGGUGAGGUACCUGAGGUCUCCCAGCAGGGAAGUGUCAUCACUCCAUGGCUUUCCACGUGUGCUGCGGUGUUUUUUGCAGCACAACACAGGCAUGCCUUCAAGCGCCGCAGUAGAACGCCUGUUCAGUACUGGUGGCAAUGUAAUGACUGUAAAAAGACAUUCCUUGUCUGACAUGCUCUUUGAGCAUCUUGUUCUUUUGAGACAUAACAGAAACAUAUUAUAAAAGCAUUUCAAGUGUAAAAUUUGAUUUCAAGAGUUGGGGUAUCUUCAUUGCUUGGGGGGA